AGUUAAUAUAUAGUAUAUUAAUUGGCUCUUUUUGUGUGGUGAAAGAAAAGGGAAAAAUGAAGCAAAGUAAUCUUGUUUUUCUUCUAUUAGUUACAGUAGUAGCUUUCGGGAUUUGCAAUGCAGAUAAGCUGAAGAUGAAUUACUAUCACAAAAGCUGUCCUUCAGUUGAAAGAAUUGUGAGGGAAAUUACAUGGAGCAGAGUUGCUGCUGAUCCCAGCUUGCCAGCAAAGCUACUUCGCCUUCACUACCAUGACUGCUUUGUUAGGGGCUGUGAUGCAUCAGUUUUACUUGACUCCACUCCAAAAAACAGUGCAGAAAAAGCAGCCCUACCAAAUCGAUCUCUAGGAGGUUACGAGGUUAUCGACGAUAUAAAGAAGAAACUAGAACAAGUGUGCCCACAUAAAGUUUCUUGUGCUGAUAUUCUAGCCUUGGUAACUCGAGAUGCAGUUUCAUACCAAUUCGGACGAUCAAUGUGGAAAAUUCCAACAGGGCGAAAAGACGGAAGAGUAUCAAAGGCAUCGGAAGCAUUAGCCAGCUUGCCGUCGCCAUUUGCAAACUUUACCACUCUUUUACGACAAUUUCAAGACAACGAUUUGGACAUUGUCGAUUUAGUUACUUUGUCAGGGGCACAUACCAUAGGAAUAACACAUUGCACAUUGGUUGCAAAAAGACUUUAUAAUUUCACAGGAAAGGGCGAUGCAGAUCCUUCAUUGAAUCCCAAUUAUGCUACAACAUUGAGAACAAUGUGCCCUAACCCUAUCAAUCCAAAAACUGUUCUAGAACUGGAUCCAAAAAGUUCAUUAUCUUUUGAUAGCCAUUACUAUGAGGCUCUGAAUCAAAACAAAGGCCUACUCAGAUCUGAUGCGGCGUUACUGACCAACUCCCAUUCUGCUCAGAUUGUAAGAAAACUGCAAAAUCCUCAUGUUUUCUUAGCAUAUUUCAGCCGUUCGAUGAAGAAAAUGGGCGAUAUUAGAGUCCUCGCGGAUGGUGAAGGAGAAAUAAGGAAGAAUUGUAGAGCUGUAAAUGCCUAAACUUGAACUAAAUAACUGGAGCUUCAGGAUUUUCAAAACGUAUUUCUUUUUAGUUCAUCGCUUUUCUCGUUCUUAUUGUAAUGUGAUCAAUUACUGAGAUUUUCUUGUAAUUUCAGAAAGUGUCUAUAUUAAUGUAUUUCGGUGAGUUUAUUA